GCAAGAGGACUCACUAUAAAAGAGGGUGAUGCAACGAACGCUUCAUCGACAACUGUAGCUUUCUUAACAGACAGAAGAGCCUCACAACCAGGAGCAGAAUAAAGGCCUUUCAACUAACAUCAUUUAUUCACUGAAAACAUAAUCAGUUUUUCAUAAUGAUGCUUCAGCAUCCGGGAUUCAGCCUGUCCGACAUCAGCGCGUCAGCCUUGGUACGCUGCCUGUCCCCGCCCGGAACACUCACGCUCGAGGACUUCACCAAUUUCACUCCCCUGGUAAAGGAGGAGUUGCGACACGCUAUCCAGAACAAGCGGCUGUCCAACGGACUGAGCACCGAUAUGAGCGACUGUGUGAGCUCAAGUUCAGACAGAACGUCUGAAGCUCCAAGUGUCAAGAGGGAGGAAAUCCCAGAGGAAAGUGACAGGAGGAAAAGAAGACGAGAAAGAAACAAAGUAGCUGCUGCCAAAUGUAGGAAUAAGAAGAAGGAGAAAACUGACUGCCUUCAAAAGGAGUCUGAGGUACUAGAGUCAGUGAACUCUGAGCUGAAGGCCCAGAUUGAGGAACUGAAAAACCAGAAGCAGCAGCUGGUCUACAUGCUGAACCUCCACCGACCCACCUGCAUCGUACGGGCCCAGAACGGCCAGACCCCCGAGGAUGAGAGGAACCUGUUCAUCCAGCAGAUCAAGGAGGGUACCCUGCAGAUGGAACAGCUGGACCACCACCACACCUCAGUGCCAACCACCUGUGGCCAUCACUGAUCCACACACUCCUGGGGGAAGUAGGGUACUACUCACUCACUCACUCAGUCAGACAGAUGCUCACUGUCCUCUGGCAACUGUACUGUACCUGCGUCAAGUGAAGGCUCUGUCGGGCCGGCAUAGCAAAGGAGCUUUGCGCGUCCCACUCCUAAACUGGACUUGACAGCACAAGGACGGACACCCCGUGUGCUACCUAGGGUAGGCUUGUGGUGUUCCGGCAAGUCGGGCGAAUGUCAAAGCACUAAAACAUAGAAAUACAUCCAAUGUGUUUAUUGUUUCCUUAAGUCUUUUACAUUGUUAUUCGAGGCUGAUGACUCAUUCUCAGUUUUUUUGUACCAAAGUAUUACGUCAAUGUGGUAAAGGCACAUGAUUUCACUGGUCAGUUGAGAUAGAUGCUUGUUGAUGAAAAAUCCAAUUAAAAUGGAGAGAUAGUAAUGGCUAUGUACCGUGUGUGACAUUAAUAGCUGUGUUAUUACUGUCAUAUAAGAGAAGAGGUUAAUCAUUGUGUGAAGUGUUUGCUGUUGUGUUUAUUGAAUAUAUUCUGUAGUAGCUGUGUCUAUAGCUCACUUUCUUCCCCCUUGACUUGCCUAACAAAAACCUCUGAAGCUGCUACUACUAACUCAGGAUAUACAGGUAUAGUUCAUAUCAUAGGAACCCUCAUGUUAUAGGACAGUAAAGGGAGUGCAUGCAAUGUGGAUUCAUUCAGACAGCAUUUCAACUAACUUACUGACAAUGGCACUGUUAGCCCUGGACUUCCCUAAAUGAAAAUCAGUCAUUACAUCGCUGUAAACUGGUGUAUUAGGAAUAGGCCCUGAUUACAUAAUGAUCUGUAGUAUUUUCUCUUAAGUGUUGAAGAUAUGGUUGUCUGAUUCGUAUUAGAAUUUCUUCACCUAGAUAAAAGUGUGUAGUUACUGUAUACCAAAUAUGUAAACCAAAUAACACCUCC